UUCAACAGUAUUCUACUUUCAUAUCCAUCCAAUGACUGAUGUUGCUGUUGUCAAUACGAGGAGGGCGGGUCUCCACUAUAGAGCCUUGGUUCCUAAUUGGGUGUUUCAGCUGUCAGUCAUUAUUGGAUGCGUUGGUAUGGCGGCAGCGGGCUGUUGGGUGUUGUUGUUAUCUGCGGCCUUGGUUAGUGUCCAUUGUGAUUUCCAGACAUUAGAGCAUCUAAGGCCGACUGCGACCGACUUGGAGCAGACAAAGGCUGUGCGGGAGCUGCUGCUGCGGCUGCUUGGACCCAGAGCCCCGGAUUUCCUGCUGACGGUGAACCGCUCGAUGCCUGGGCCCGAGCAGCGGGAUCGGUUUGAAGUGCGGUCACUUGCCGAUGGUCGGCUAUCUGUCCUGGGCAACACCGGCGUGGCCACUGCCACUGGCCUGUACCGAUAUCUGAGCUCUUUCUGUGACUGCCACAUCUCUUGGUCCGGCAAUCAGCUCAAGGUGCCAUCGCCGCUGCCCGUUCUCCCAAAACCGUUGCGAAUUACCUCGCCGAACAGAUUCCAUUAUUAUCAGAAUGUCUGUGCAUACAGCUAUUCAUUUGUUUGGUGGGACUGGGAGCGCUGGGAGAGAGAAAUUGACUGGAUGGCAUUGAGUGGCAUUAAUAUGCCAUUGGCAUUUACUGGUCAAGAAGCCAUAUGGCAAAAGAUAUACCUUUCAUUGGGCUUCAAUCAUACUGAGAUAGACAACUUUGUUGUUGGUCCUGCAUUUCUUGCAUGGAGUCGUUUGGGGAAUAUGCAUAGCUGGGCAGGACCAUUGCCAGCCUCCUGGAACAAACGCCAAUUGAGUCUACAGCACCAGAUUCUUCAGCGGAUGAGAUCUUUGGGUAUGUUGCCAGUCCUUCCUGCCUUCUCUGGAUUUGUCCCUGGUGUCAUUAAAAGAUUGUUUCCCAAAGUAAACAUCACUCGGCUAGGGAGCUGGGGACAUUUGAACUGUUCUUACUCUUGUUCUUUUCUGUUGGAUGCCAACUCCCCACUCUUUCAACAAAUUGGCAUGAUGUUUCUGUCUGAACUAACAAAAGAAUUUGGUACUGACCAUAUUUACAGUGCAGAUAUAUUCAAUGAAAUGGUCCCAAGCUCUUCUGACCCUAAAUAUUUAUCCACUAUCAGCAGUGCAGUCUUCAAGUCAAUGACACAAGUGGACCCUUUGGCAAUUUGGCUCAUGCAAGGUUGGCUAUUUGUGAAUGCACAAUCAUUUUGGCAGCCGACUCAAAUCAAAGCUUUCUUACAUGGAGUGCCAUUGGGAAGGAUGAUUAUUCUUGAUUUAUUUGCUGACAGUAAUCCAGUAUAUACCUUCACUGAAUCUUUCUAUGGACAACCUUUUAUAUGGUGCAUGUUGCAUAAUUUUGGUGGCAACAUAGGAAUGUAUGGAACAAUAGACACGAUCAAUAAAGGUCCUUUUGAAGCUCUGUCUUCUCCAAAUUCUACCAUGGUGGGCACAGGAAUAACACCAGAAGGAAUUGAACAGAAUGAUGUUGUGUAUGAGCUAAUGAAUGAAAUUGGCUGGUGCCAAAAACCUUUAAACCUCACAAAAUGGGUUAUGUCUUACGCACAAAGACGGUAUGGAAAGAAAAAUGAUGAUGCUAUAGCUGCAUGGUUGCUGCUAUUUCAAAGUGUCUACAAUAAUACUUCGUAUCGACGAGAUCAUAACCGAAGUCCGUUGGUUCACAGACCUUCUUUGAAACUGGAUACUUCUUUAUGGUAUAAUAAAAGUGAUGUCUAUGAAGCAUGGAGACGAAUGCAAGCAGCUGCUUCUGAUCUGUUCUUUAGCGAGACUUUCAGAUAUGACCUUGUUGAUGUGACAAGGCAAUCUGUUCAGCUCUUAGUAUCAGAAUUUUAUGAAGACCUCAAGAAUGCAUUCUUAAAACAUUCCAUUGUAGGGCUGCGUACCUCAGGAAAUGUUCUCGUGAAUAGUUUACUACCACAACUUGAUAGUCUCUUGUCCAGCGACAGACACUUUAUAGUCGGCCACUGGUUACAAACAGCUCAGUCCUUGGCAACAAAUGAGGAAGAAGCAGAACUAUACGAAUUCAAUGCCCGAAGUCAAAUUACUCUUUGGGGACCAGGUGGGAAUCUUUUGGACUAUGCAAAUAAGCAGUGGGGUGGCCUGGUUAAUGAUUAUUAUGCACUGCGUUGGGAUCUCUUUGUAUCAACACUUAUUAAAUGUCUUGAGAAGGGAAUUCCCUUCAAUCAAGCUCAUUUCAAUCAAAUUGUCUUUCAAGUGGAGCAAGGAUUUAUCAUCAACAAAGUAAAAUAUCCAGAUAAACCUGUGGGAAAUACCUAUGAGAUUGCAAAAGAAUUGUUCCUAAUGUAUUAUCCUCAGGCAAUGAAAAGAUUGAUUAAUCACAAAUUCAGUCUUGAUAUGCACUCAUUUUAAAUUCUUUUAAAUGAUAUAUACCAGGUUACAUACUGGUUCACUUUAUUGAGUAUGCACUUGAAAAUUUUUUAUAAAAAUUCAAAUUACUUAUUUGGGGACUACGUGGGAAUCAUUUGGACUAUGCAAAUAAGCAGUGGGGUGAUCUGGUUAAUGAUUAUUACACACUGUGUUGCGAUCUCUUUAUAUCAACACUUAUUUAAUGUCUUCAGAAGAGAAAUGUUUAUAAAAACUCAAUUUGCUUUGUGCUAAUAUUUUCAACAAUAAGAAAUAAGAUUUUAACCUAUUUUUGUUAGUAUUAUCUGUCCAAUGAAUUCUGCAUGGUUUAGCCUUUUGAAAUCUUGAGACUUUUCAGUAUUAAUCAUCUGUUUGUUGAAAAUAUUUUCAAUCAACCAAUUUUGUCAGAUAUAUGGCCGAGGGCCCAAUUACACUGAACAGCUGGCAAUUGAACCCAAAUUUUCAAGAACAUUUCAGGCAUGUUGCCUAAACUAAGAUUUUCAAGAGUGCCCCUAAGUAAAAAUGAUCACAAUUUUGAUUUCAUUUUAAAGGAGAGAAGAGGGAAUUGAAGGUGAAUAUUUUAAACUCUAAUAAGGACAUUCAUGAGGGUAUGAUGUUGGGAAAUUAGGUCAAGGGAUAAGUCAGUAGAUAUGCAGUGCCAACAAUAAGGGAGAUUUUAGAGCAUUCUAAAAUGAUGCAUUGUUGUGGUAAAGCAAAAUUCUAAGGGAAGCACAUACCAUCCACAGCUAACCAAGAAAGUCAAAGAUAUAUCCAGCUGAAAGCAUAUAAUUCUGCAAUGCUAAGAGUAAGGUUAGAAAAUUGGAUGGAAUAUUAAAAACAGCAAAGAAUAACCAACAUUAAUAAGGAAAGGGAAAUUAGAGUAUAAAAACUCAAAUAAAAAAACAAAUAAAAGUUUCAAUAGGUAUUUAGAAACAAAAUGGAUAAAUAAAGAAUAUUGGUCCUCUAGAGACUGUGUCUAGGGAAUUAAUAAUAUAGGGAAGUUGCAGAUGAAUUGAACAGAUAUUUUGCAUCUGUCUUCACUGUACAGGAUAAAAUUAACAUCCCAAAAAUAAUGGUGAAGUCUGAAUCAUUAAGGGAUUUAAGAGAAUCCUGUACUAGGAUUCCUAAGGUUAACAUGUAGGUUCAUUUAGCAGUCAGGAAGGCUAAUGUAACGUUAGCGUUAAUUUCAAGAAGGACAGAAUACAAGAGUAGGGAUGUACUCCUGAGGCCGAAUAAGAAUCUGGUCAUAUUCCAAUUGAAGUAUUCUGAGUGGUUUUGAGCACCAUCUCUAAGGAAGGAUCUGCUGAUCUUGGAGGGGGUGCAGAGGGGAUCCAGAGGAGAUUUACAAAAACGAUUGCAGAGAUAAAGAGCUUGUCGUAUGAGUGAUUGAGAUUCUGGGUUUGUACUUGAAGUUUAGAAUGAUGAGGGUAGAUUUCAUUGAAACUUUCAGAAUAGAGUGGACAUAGAGAAGAUGUUCCCACUAGCAAGAGAGACUAGGAUCCAAGGAUGCAGCCUAGGAGGCACAACCCUUUUGAAAUGAGAUGAGGAAUUUCUUCAGCUAGAGAGUAGUUAAUCUGUGUAACUCAUUGCCACUCAAGGCUGUGGAGGUCAAGUCAUUGAGUGUGAUUAAGGCAGAGAUAGGUUCUUGAUUGGUGAGGGGAUCAAAGGUUACAGGGAGAAGGCAAGAGAA